AUGGCUAGAAAGAAGGUCAAUCUUACAUACAUAAGCAAUCCCGUGAAGAGGAAGGCAGUGUUCAACCAAAGGAAAAAUGGUUUGCUAAAAAAGGUUGAUGAAAUCACUACGCUUUGUGACAUUCAUGCCUGUGCUAUCAUUUAUACUCCAGAUAAACCAGAGCCUGAGGUUUGGCCUUCUGACCAGGGAGUGGAAGAUGUAAUUUUUAGAUUUAGGGGAGUUUCUGAAUUGGCACGAAGCAAAAGAAUGUUUUGUCAAGAGAAAUUUUUGAAAAGAAACAUAAUCAAAGCCUGGGGGCAACUAAAGAAACUAAGGAAUGAAAAUAGGAAGAAGGAGAUUGGCCUUUUCAUGUGUCAAUACUUUUUAGGUGGCAACCACCUUGACAAUGCUAACAUUAUUGAUUUGAAUGAUAUUAGAUUCUUGGUUGAUAAAAAAUUGGAGGAGAUUACAAAGAAAAUCGAAAUGCUCCAUGUCCAAGAGGUGACAUCAGCUACUGAAAAUAGAGGAGAAACCAUGAUUGAAGAAAAGCAAGCACUCAUGACCAAUGUGGAUGCCAUGCCAAAUCUGAAUUGGUCUAAUGACAACAUCAAUGCUAGUGGUGGGGAUAGUAUGUUAACAUUGGAAGAUAUUAAUGUUCAGAGCGGUUGGCUUAACCAAUUCAUCCUUUCAAAAAGGUGA